UACAUUUACCUCAUUUACUGAAAAUACGCAUGGAUGUAAAAAAACAACUGAAGAACAACCAUGAACAAAAUAUUCAUCUUUUUCCUUCUUGCUUUUUCGACAAAGUUAAACUGCGAACAAAGAGGGACCUACUUUUCGGAACUGGACAAAAAAGAAAACAAAUAUCCAUUAGCAAUAUCUUAUGACGAUGUUGCUACUGUUUUGUGGUGUGGUGUCAAGUGUUUAAAUGAUAAUUGCUGUGCUCAGUUUCUGUAUGACAAAAUAAGCAAGCAUUGUAUCGGAGUCCAUAAUUUUGAGAAAGGUUUUAUUUCCUUUUCCCAAAUCUUCGGUUUGUCGGAUAAAACAGAAUUGUACAGAAAAGGUUGUGGUCUUGGUUGGACAGAGUUCAAAAGUCAUUGCUAUUUUUAUGGACAACAACAAGUUACAUGGCUAGAUGCCAAGUUGGAGUGUCAGAACAUGUGCUCCUAUCUAGUAGAGAUUGAAGCCAAAGAAGAGGCAGACUGGUUGGCAAUGACGUUUCUAAAGAAAGAUGACUGUCCUACAGGUAUCUUCAAACAUUGCACAGCAUGGACAGGGGGUAACGACCUUGACAAUGAAGGUCAAUACGUGUGGGACCAUUCGAACACGUCCAUGGUCUUUACCAACUGGUAUAAGAACGAACCCAGCAUAUUAACUCCCUCCCAAGGAUUGACACGCGACUGUAUAGACAUUCUUAGAAAUGGUAAAUGGAAUGACAAGUCCUGUUCAUUUCUAAGCGCGUUUAUUUGUGAAAAAUAGAUUGGUUAACAUUAGGGAAUUAUUGAUUGAAAUAAAAAGAAACGCAAUGGCGUUGAUGUUUAAUGAUGGUGAGUGCUUUAACUUCGUUAAUUAUCAUUUUAAUAUUCCAUGUGGUCAAUUUCCUUAGAUUGCCAUUUUUAAGGCUCGUUAAUAUGUAAAAAAGUUGUGGUUUUAUUAGCAAUAGAUAUUCAGCAUUUGUAAAAUGUUUGAACUUGUCUAUAUGUUUAAGUAUGUACAAUAUACCAUCAAUAUAAAGGGUGAUUCUGAUUACCUUUUUUUUUUAAUUAUUAUUUUUUGAUAAAUGUUCUCUUCAAACAAAUUGUAAUAUUUCUUAAAAUAAAUAAUAGUCAGUGGUAAUAACUUUUCAGCGUAUUUAUCUAAAAUGAUAUUUUAGAUAUUGGAAGUGGAAAGAAUUAGGAAAAACAAUGUUCAGAAUUUAGAUAAAAUGUCAACCCAUUCAUCAUGAAAACACAAAAAGUUCCUUUAAUUAUUUAGUUACAUGAUGUGAUUCGACAAGCAAAGUUAUUAACACGCAGGUGUUUGGUUAUGAAGCAGACAAUGUUAUCGGAACUAGGCAUAUUUUUUAACAAGAAGUGAUUCUGUCUUAAUAUUUGUACUAUAUAUUAGGAUAAGAAAUUUGAUAUAAACACUUAUUUGUUCUCUUUGAUAACAAUGGCUGGCUCCAAUGAAAUUGAUAAUUUUUUGUUUUUAUCUUCCUUAUGCAACUUACAUCUAACAACAUACAUAUGCUUGUAAUAUGAUAGUUUAUUUAAUACAAAUCGAUCAAAGGACUUUACAGAACAAUUGUACAGCUACGGAAUAAUUCAGUGGAUAUAGCUUUAUCAUGUCAUAUAUUAUGUUCUUGACAACUUAGGAAUGCACAUCGUUGUUAUAAAUGUAUCUCCACAGUUUAGAAUAAAGGAUUUUAGAGUUAAAAAGGCAAUGUUGCAAUAAGUCAACAUGAAGAAACCUAAUUACGUUUCAAAUCAGCUCUAUUGCAUGCACUUUUAAUAACGGUAAUAUACAUCAAAAUUAAAAUAGAAUAAAAAAAAACAGAGUGUGGUUUUUUAUAGGCAUAAGAUACAUUUCUUAGUGGUUAAAAUUUAACAGUUUAUCAAAUCAAAUGAAAGAUGUUUUCAGUGUGUCCCCUUUAAUAUGACAGUGAAUGCUAUUUGAUA